AGCUGAAAAUAGACAUGGAUACAAGUAAAAUUGAUGCAUUGCUAAUUUCCAGGGUUAACCAAGAUUUGGAGAAAUUGCUAAUUUCCAGGGUUAACCAAGAUUUGGAGAAAAGAGGCACUCUCUCAUUACUGAUACAUGAACAAGCUGCUUUUGCCACAUCUUAAGACGCUGAUACCAGCAGCAUCUUCCUGCAGGAGCUGUGAUUAAUGAACAUUAAAGGCCAUGGAAGAAGAUGAAUUUGAAUUACAACCACAAGAACCAACACGUUUUUUGAUGGAAUAGAAAGAAGAAACAAGGCCACAUCUCCAAUACUUCGCUGAACUCUCCUGUGCCAAGAUAAUCUGAGAGCUGAUUCUACACACAUGGAUGGUGAUCAAAUUGUUGUGGAAGUACAAGAAACUGUUUUUGUUUCUAAUUCAGAUGUAACUGUGCAUAACUUUGUUCCUGAUGAUCCAGAUUCAGUUGUAAUCCAAGAUGUUAUUGAAGAUGUUGUUAUAGAAGAUGUUCAUUGCCCAGGUAUUUUUGAAGAGACGGAUGUAUCUGAAAAUGUCAUCAUUCCUGAGCAAGUGCUUAAUUCAAAUGUAACUGAAGAAGUUUCUUUAGCAUAUUGCACAGUUCCAGAUGAUGUUUUAGCUUCUAACAUUACUUCAGCCUCAAUGUCUAUGCCAGAACAUGUAUUGACAAAUGACUCUAUACAUGUAUCUGAGGUUGAACAUGUGGUUCAUGGUAGUGUAGUAGAAGCAGAAAUCGUCACUGAUCCUCUGACCACAGACAUAGUUUCAGAAGUGUUCGUAGCAGACUGUGCCUCUGAAGCAGUCAUAGAUGCCAAUGGGACCCCUGUGGACCAGCAAGAUGAUGACAAAACCAACUGUGAGGACUACCUUAUGAUUUCCUUGGAUGAUGCUGGCAAAGUAGAUGAUGACAGUUCUACUGCAGUAACCUUGGAUGCAGAGUCAGAAAUCAGUUCUUGUAAAGUAGAUGGGACUUGUCCUGAAGUCAUCAAGGUAUACAUUUUUAAAGCCGACCCUGGAGAAGAUGACUUAGGUGGAACUGUAGACAUUGUGGAGAGUGAGCCUGAGAAUGAUCAUGGAGUUGAACUACUGGAUCAGAACAGCAGUAUUCGUGUUCCCAAGGAAAAGAUGGUUUAUAUGACUGUCAAUGAAUCUCAACAGGAAAAUGAAGAUUUAAAUGUUGCUGAAAUCACUGAUGAAGUUUAUAUGGAAGUGAUAGUAGGAGAAGAGGAUGCUGCUGUUACAGCAGCAGCAACUUCUGCUGUGCAUGAUCAACGAGUAGAUGACAAUGAAAUGAAAGCCUUUAUGCCAAUUGCAUGGGCAGCAGCUUAUGGUAAUAAUUCUGAUGGAAUUGAAAACCGGAACGGCACUGCAAGUGCCGUCUUGCAGAUAGAUGAGUCUGCUGGCCUCGGCAGACUGACUAAACAAAAACCAAAGAAAAGGAGAAGAACUGAUUCCAGGCAGUACCAAACAGCAAUAAUUAUUGGCCCUGAUGGACAUCCCUUAACUGUCUACCCUUGCAUGUUUUGUGGGAAGAAGUUUAAGUCCAGAGGUUUCUUGAAAAGACACAUGAAAAACCACCCUGAAUACCUUGCCAAGAAGAAGUACUGUUGUACUGAUUGUGAUUACACUACCAAUAAGAAGAUAAGUUUACACAAUCACCUUGAGAACCAUAAGCUAACCAGCAAGGUAGAGAAAGCUGUCGAAUGCACUGAGUGUGGGAAACAUUUUUCUCAUUCUGGGGCUUUGUUUACUCACAAAAUGGUGCAUAAGGAAAAAGGAGCCAACAAAAUGCACAAGUGUAAAUUCUGUGACUAUGAGACAGCUGAACAAGGGUUAUUGAAUCGGCAUCUUUUGGCGGUCCACAGCAAGAACUUUCCUCACAUUUGUGUAGAGUGUGGUAAAGGUUUUCGUCACCCUUCAGAGCUCAAAAAACAUAUACGAAUCCAUACUGGAGAAAAGCCAUACCAGUGCCAGUACUGUGAAUAUAGGUCUGCAGAUUCUUCUAACUUGAAAACACAUAUGAAAACUAAGCAUAGUAAAGAAAUGCCAUUUAAGUGUGACAUUUGUCUUUUGACUUUCUCAGAUACCAAAGAGGUGCAGCAACAUGCUCUUAUCCACCAAGAAAGCAAAACACAUCAGUGUUUGCAUUGCGACCACAAAAGUUCAAAUUCAAGUGAUUUGAAGCGACACAUAAUUUCAGUUCACACUAAGGACUACCCCCAUAAGUGUGACAUGUGUGAUAAAGGCUUUCACCGGCCUUCAGAACUCAAGAAACAUGUGGCUGCCCACAGGGGUAAAAAAAUGCACCAAUGUAGACAUUGUGACUUUAAGAUUGCAGAUCCAUUUAUUCUAAGUCGCCAUAUUCUCUCUGUUCACACAAAAGAGCUUCCAUUUAGGUGUAAGAGAUGUAAAAAGGGAUUUCGGCAACAGAAUGAGCUUAAAAAGCAUAUGAAGACACACAGUGGCCGGAAAGUUUAUCAAUGUGAGUACUGUGAGUAUAGCACUACAGAUGCCUCAGGCUUUAAACGGCAUGUUAUCUCUAUUCAUACAAAAGACUAUCCUCACCGGUGUGAAUAUUGCAAGAAAGGGUUCCGAAGACCCUCAGAAAAGAACCAGCACAUAAUGCGACAUCAUAAAGAAGUGAGCUUGCCCUAACAAUAUGUCCACUUAUGUAAAGUUACAGGCUUUGAAGUAGGAAAUUAAUUUUAAAGCCAGUCAUCUUUGUUCACAUACAGUACUUCACAUUGUUUAUGCUGUGUACAAAUACGAUUAUUCUGCUUGACUUUCCAGUAGAGUGUAAUGGAACUUACUCAAUUUUAUAAGUGAGGAAAAGUGGCAACAACCAACUUCUACUAAAGUAAUUCCUGAUUCUGUACUGAAAUUUUAGUCUUAGAAGCUUUACUAUUUAUUUUAGUAUUUGUUUCAUUCACUUUCAUGGUACUUUUCUAAGACAAAAUGAGUAACUCUGAAAGUUACUUGUGGUCACACGUUUUCACAUUAGAUAUUUGGUAAUAUAAACUGGAGAUUCUACUGUCAGAUCUGACUGUCAUAAUAUGUCAUUUUCCUUGUUUGAAUAUAUUCAUAUUACUUGAUAAUUAGACUUUAUAUUGAGCCACUAGCUUUGCUAGAAUGUUGACUGGGUUAUUAAAAUUUUUCAUUUU